AUGAUUAAGAAAACCUAUUAAUAGUUGAAAAAUAUUUGGAAAUUUUUCUAUAAUGAAAAAUUAAAAUUCAUUGAUGAGAUUGAAGAAAAAAUAUCAUUGAAAAUACAAUAGCAUCAAGCUAAAUAUGAAAACUCAUUUAAAAGACAAAUAAGAAUCACACAAUUAAGAAUUUGUAUACGAUACCUAAUUGGGGGAAUGUUGAUUACUUCUGCAAGUUUAUUUUUUACAGAUAAAAUUCAUGAUCCAAAUAGACCUAUGGAUAUAAGUAUUGAAUUAUUAGAAUGCGCAAAUGAUUUGGAUGAACGAACAUACUUUGCUUUUGAUGAUCUAAUUAGAAAAGGAUAAGAAUUGAAAACUUUAGAUGUCUCUUCUUAUUGUGCCAUAGGACAUCUGUUGGCUAGCAUUAAUUAAAGUGAGUUUUCAUAAACAGCUUUUUAUUUUGCUCAUCUAAAAAACCAUAAAGAAAUUAGAGCUAAUUCUGAUUUACAAUUUGAAACAGUCACAAAAUCAAAAUCAGGAGGAGCAGAAGGAUAAUGA